UUUUGUUGUAUUUUUCAGGGUUCUGAGGAUUCAAACUACGGCCGGCCCUCGGAUUCAGACCUGUCAUUGGAUGAGGAGAGGGAAGCGCUCAGAAGAGAGACCGAGAGACAAGCAUUAGCACAAUUAGAAAAAGCUAGGACAAAGCCAGUUGCCUUUGCGGUACGAACAAAUGUAAAUUAUGACGGUUCAAUAGACGACGACUCCCCUGUGCAAGGAUGCGCAAUAUCUUUUGAAGUAAAAGACUUCCUACAUAUAAAAGAGAAAUACAACAAUGACUGGUGGAUUGGUAAAUUAGUGAAGGAAGGAGCCGAUAUCGGCUUCAUACCUAGUCCAGCAAAGCUAGAGAACAUGAGGUUACAAGCUUCUGGGACAAGAAAUAGACUUGGAAAGUCCACCAGUGGUCUCAGUUCUAGCUCCAACCUCGGCGACUUCCCGACUGGACUGCCCAACUCAAAGUCAUCCAACAAUUCAAGAGGGUCCACGCCCCCCACUCCAGAUGGGGACCAGAAUGGGCUGGAGGAGGACACAGGCGAUACGCUAAGUCGGUCAAGAGGGAGCACGAUUUCGCCACAACCUAAGGAGAAGCGUAAACCAUUCUUCAAGAAGACGGAAAAUGUUCCUCCAUAUGAUGUGGUACCGUCGAUGCGACCUGUUGUACUGGUUGGCCCCUCACUCAAGGGUUAUGAGGUCACUGAUAUGAUGCAGAAAGCACUCUUUGAUUACUUGAAAAGGAAGUUUGAAGGAAGGAUUUGCAUCACACGUGUGACAGCAGACAUUGCCCUUGCCAAGCGGUCAGUUCUCAACAAUCCCAAAAGUCGGCAGAUCAUCGAGCGGUCAAAUAGUCGCUCAUCCAGUAUAGCUGAAGUGCAGGCGGAGAUAGAUAGAAUAUUUGAGUUAGCGCGUAGCAUGCAGCUUGUUAUCCUGGAUUGCGACACCAUUAAUCACCCUAGUCAGUUGGCAAAGACGUCUCUUGCCCCAAUCAUUGUCUAUGUCAAAAUCUCGUCUCCAAAGGUACUACAACGGCUAAUAAAGUCACGCUCAAAAUCCCAGAGUAGAAAUAUGAAUGUACAGCUAGUAGCAUCCGAUAAACUUGCUCAGUGUCCACCCGACCUAUUUGAUGUGAUCUUAGAUGAGAACCAGCUGGAAGAUGCUUGUGAACACAUGGCUGAAUACCUGGAAGCAUACUGGCGGGCCACCCACGGGCCAGAGCCCGAGGUCCCUGCUAAGGCAGGCCCCCAACAUAACUCACCCAUGCAUAACAUUCUACAGCGGGUAGGCUCACACCGUAGUCACACGGAGAAGCCAGACAAGAAGGCGGACUACCACCAUCACAACAAACGAGGCAAGGACGAGUACGACGGAAGCGACCCCAACGAGCCUUACGAGAGCGGAUACCGCAGUGAUUCCCGGGAGCAUCCGAGUGAUUACAUAAGAGAUGAUAGGGACGCUCGCUAUAACCAGAGGCCCGUCUCGCCCACGGACGGCAGAGGGUAUUUUGAUAAUGAUCGGAGGGAUCGCGACAAGGAUAGAGACUAUGAUUCCCAUGGAGGAAGAAAACAUGUGAAGGGAGACAGGACUCGUGAUGUGGAGCGAGGCCCGCAUGAUAGAGGGCCUCCUCGGGACCGGGAUAGGAAUUAUACCGAGCGGGACGCGGUCAGGUACGAGAGUGAACAUCCGAAUAGACCGGAACAGAGAAAUCGCUAUGCAGACAGAGAACGUGAUCGCUACGACGACGGGCCAGGUCAUGUCAGCGAGCGAGGGCGGUAUCCACCGGAGAGGGGGUCCAGCUCUCGCAGUCGGGAGCACGAGAUCGAGAUGGAGGAGAUGUACGGUAGGCGAGGUCGUGAGGGCCCACAAUACCCCGAGCAGUACCAUCAACGGUACCAGGACUCUAGAGAGCGGGCACGUCGUGAUGCCUCACCGGGUCCUCGUCAACGCAUGGCGCGUCCCUGACGCUGACCUCCUACCUCCGCCCAGCCCAACACGGCGGUCUCAUUUUAUUUUGGAAGUUUCUUCAAUGCCAGUAGAGCAAUCUAACUCCAUGUUGAGUUGACAUCUCGUACUGCGAGCAUUGAAUUUAUGUGUUCCAGCCAAGUUGUACUCUCAACAGAGUUCCUGCAGCAGUCAGUCGUAGUAGUCCAGCCUUCUUUCUACUACCUAUUUUCUAUGAAAAUGGCUGUGUAUGUUGGAGUUGCCUGAUUUCUGAUAGUUUUUUUUUUAUGCUUCUCUAACUUCAGAUCUUUUGAAUCAGAGCAUUCUGCGUACGGUAUUAUGUGAGAGAGGUAUAGGCCUUGGAUUUGCUUUAUAGUAAAGCAUUUGGUGGCGGCUUGGUGUUGGGUCUUGUCGGUGUCAACCAGUGGUCAUUUGAGAACCACUUGGUUAGACUCAGUGAGGCAAGAGAUCAUAGUGUAUGAUCCAUGUGACCACAUUUUCACUCCAACCAUGCGACAUCUGUUUACCAACCAAUGAUGUCAAAUUUUUGAGGGAUUUUUUGAAAGCAAGAUUAUUACUCCUCGCGUUAGAAUUCAAAAGAAAUUCUUGUGGAAUGGGAAGUGUUUGAUCUCUCUCUCUCUCUAUCAUUUUGUGGUUUCCAAGUUUUUCAAGAUUUAUUCAGCAUAUUUUUGGGGUGAUCAAAUUACUAUAUUUCUGACGUUUAGACAUAUAUCAUGACUUGACUACUUGGACAGAGCUCAUGUUAGGUAGUGUACGACAACUAACAAUAUUUGAGAGUGUUUUUAAUAUCAUCAUCACAAGGUAGCACACUGUGAUACACGUGUAGUGUACACACACACAAACACACACACUCACCCACAUAAAACGGCAAAUGGCAAUCAUAAUUCACAAAACGGAGUGAAGUGAAAGUAUUUGGAGAAGGUUCUUGAGAAACAUCAUUGUCAAAAUAUUUGAUGAUGGGUUGAGUUUGGACAGAUCAUCCUGUGGGUGUUAUGAUAACCUCUGCAGGCAGGGUUCUUUGUAUCACAUGAUUUAUGACAUGAUGGUCACAUGAUCAGUCUGUAUCAAUUCCAUUUUUUUUUUCCACGGUCGGUCCGCAAGCUUUGUAACUUUUGUAUAAAUGUGUGAAGAACGGUAGAGAAAAAAUUGUUUUGCUUGAACUUUUAUCUUGAAGAUAUAGAAAAAACCUCUGUCAGUCUUUUCCAACAAUUUCACCACAUAACCACACUUGAUUGUGUGUUUUGUAACUAUUUUUUCCUUCAUAAAUCUAAUUCCUUUUUGUUUUCUGUUUGCUUCUCUCCAUCAAUUCAACCCUUUUCUUAUCCCCUUUUUGUUGAAGUCAUGUAUUUCUGCACUUUUCUGUCUUUUCAAACUUUUUUUCCUACAAGGCAUUCAUAAAUAUAGAACAUAUACAUGUUUAUAACAUAUUACAUGUUUGUGCCAUGUCUGUGUUGUAGAAAGCACAAGAUUUCUUCCAUACAUACGACAGUGUUCUAUUAUAUUCAUUAAUAUGGUUGACAGGCGAGGUCCAGGAUUGGUGUAUCUUUGCAUGAAACAAAGUACAAUUUAUCGUUAAAACAGUGUGUGCAUAGUAGAGACAUGAAUCUUAUAUAUAAAUAUAUACAUAUAACAUUUAUUAUAUCAUCGCUAGUGAAAUAUAUCAGUUUUUAUUAAUGGAUUUGGAAGAUUGAGUAAGCAGAAAAACGGCAAAUUGUUAGACGGACGGUUUAGAUGUUUUAAUGAUUGCCUCCAAAGCGAGGCCUUUUUUUCUAUUUCGUAUGGAUCACCAAUUUGAGCUUGUAUCAAGAACGAGAUCUUAUCACUCUGCAACAGCUGUACAGUUUAUUUCCAAUAGAGAACAUGAUGACAGAGUUGGGGUCUAGGGAUAAGCAGGGGUAUAGUUCAUUUCCAUACCGGGUUGGAUAUACGGCCUAGGGAGCAAAACAGUGAUUCAAGAACCAUUUUAGAGCCCAAUGUGAACCUCAGUAAAGGACGAUUAUCAAGGGACCUUCAAUAAUUCAAUAUCAGUGGGAAAAAGACAGAGAAGCAACUUGUGAUGCUGGGAGGGGUUGGAAGGGGGGGGGGGGGAGUAGACAAGGCAUACAUCUCAUGCAGAUUUUCAUUGUAUAAUUAUAAACAGUUGUACUUCAUUUCAUCACAUUUUAAGCAAAGGGCGUACUACAAUGAAUACCAUUACCAUCGGUCAAACAAUGCAUUUAAAGCACCAUGCCAAAUUCACUCAUUGAGACCCAGAAGGGGUUACUGCCCUUCUGGCUCUUACAAAUUAUAUAAAAAUAAGUUUUUAGCCCCCAGAUACAAAUUUCUGUACACCAACCCUUCCAGUGAGUAAUGUCAUUGAUAAAAGCUAUUUGGCUUGAAAUCUCACUCCUGAACCUGAAGGAUUUUUUUCCAUUCUAAAUAAUUUGAUUCUUCAUUCCUUUAUUUAUUUGUUUAUUUAUUUAUUAUUUUCUUCAUCAAUUUAUUCAUAAUGUCUUAUUCAUAACAAUCAUUCAUGCCACUGCAAGCCGUACUGCAGAUUUUUUUUGAUUUUUAUUAAAAAACCAUUAAUCACAAAGAAGUUAAGAGGACUGUGUGAAAAUGUUUCUUAAUUAGGGACCUCAUGGAUUAAAGUGUUGAUGAAAUGAAGUUAUCUUGUGGGACUUUCAAAUGGUUCGAAAUGGGCUUUUCUGUGGAUCGUAUGUGAUCCGAAAUGCACUACAAUUUUUUCAUUACAAGACCAUUCAGAAUUAGACUAGAAUUUCAAUUGAUUCCUUGCUGUGCAAGAAUUAUAAAUACAUAUAGGAUUCCUUUCUGUAAAAGAAAUGAUCUAACAGGGUGUAGAUGUCGCGCCUGCAUAUCCAAUCGCCUCUUUAUAACAAUACCUGUUCUCUGUUGGAUGUACUUAUAUCUAUAUGUUUAUAUAUUCAUAUAUUCAUAUUAGCUAUAUAUACAUAUAUAUGUAUAUGUAAACAUAUAAAUAUAAAUAUAUAUCUAAACUGGUUGCUGAUGAGUGAAGACAUACAUGUAUUACAGCUGUCACUUUUCAUGUAUUUGUUCUGUAAUUGAAUGUAUCGCAAACCUCAAAGAUCCUCUUUGUACGGAACUCUUAUCUGGUAGCUAGUGCUUGUUGGAUUUUGUCACACUUUUCUAAAAAAUUGGCUACAAAAUUCAGAAGAAAAAAAAAAUGAGAGAAAUGAGAAAUGUAUCAGAAAAAUGGUAGUUGUAGACAGCAGUAGAGAAUCCAAGCCGUUUCAGUUUGGGUGGAAUACCAUCUGCCUGGGUGGACUAUGAUGUAGGGUAGAAUUUUUUGUUUAAAGAGACACUACUACCCUUCAUAAUUUUCACAUUAAUUCUAUACAGACAUUUUACAUGAAUAUGAUAUGUAUAUGGGCAACCUAUAUUAUGAGAGAAAAGACAUUAUAAUGGAUGACACUGCAUGAAAGUGUUAAAUCAUAUCAUUUAGACGAUUUUAACUGGAUUAAAAUCAGUUAUAACAUCUAUUGCCAGUGAGCUCAGAAAUUAUGCUCAAGAAAAUGUUCAUUUGGAAUUUUUUGACAAUAUUUCAAUCUUUACGAGUUUCAAACGGAAGCUUGCAUUUGACGAUUCUCUAUAUUUAAUCAUGGAAGAGAAAAAUUUGGUCAAUCAAAAAGAUUUUCCUUUUUCAUGUUCUGCUAUACAUGUACUUUCAAACAAAGCAUAUAUAGGAAUACAAAAUGCUUUCAUAAAUCUAUGCAUUAAAAGUUUUCAAGAUUCAUUUAUCACAUUAAAUAUUUGAAAGGAAAAUAUGAUUUGGUUUGUAUUAAAUAUACUGUAUCAACAAUCAAACUUGAACGUGUUUAAUCAGAGGCGUAUAUCACUAUUACACUACAUCGUAUAUGAAAUUAUGAAUGAAUAAUAUUAUCUAGACAUAAAGGAUGAGAAUUUGGAUAUGAAUGGGCUAUUACCAACUGCGCAUUUAUGUAGAAAGUCAAAUGUAGUUCUAUGUAAGAAGUAGUAGAUUUGUAGUCAUGUGAAAAACAUAAUGUACAAUUACCAAUUUGAACUAUAUCCAACAUUCACUUUCUACACAUUGUAGUCAUGUGACUGUCACUAUGUAUCAUAUAUUUACUCAAAAGUACAAUCGUAUACACUGCUCAUGCUAAUUGUCUGUCAAAAUAUGUGACAGUUAUACCUCUAAAUUUACAAGAUAUAAAAUUCCUGACUUUGACAGAUGAAGUUGACUAUAUACUCAGUUGUACUGAACUUGUGUAGGCAUGGGCGAAUGGACUUUUAUGCUUCUUUUUUUUUUUUUUUUUUACUGUAAAUACAUUAUAUAAAUGUGGAAUAUGGUAUUUACAAAUGCUCAACAUUUACAUGCAUUUGUAAAGAAAGUAGUUAAUGUAUACUAUAUAAACCUGGGUGUGAUAUAUAUUGACACUAUCAAGGGAUUUGGUCAUUUUUUCAGUGUAGCGCUUGUAUAUGAAUAGUCUUAGUAAACACAUGUGGCACCGUCUCUAUAAAGCAAGCUCCCCAAAGUUGUAUUUUCAAAAAACCGUUUCUACUUGUACCACUCAAAAUGUGUAGAAAUUCUUUGAAGAAUUUGUUAAAAUGCGACCGUAGGUAAUUAUAGAAGGUGUAUUGUAUGUACGUAUCGUGCUUUGCUUCAUGGGAAUGACUGAACACACGUACAUACUGUGUGAUAUUCAUCUCGGCUUUUCUUGUUGUAUUAGAAGGAAAAAGAAAAUGGGGUAGAAAACUACACCAGGUUCUUCCAGUAUAUAUACAUUAUAUAUACAUAUAUCACAGAAUACGACUAUGUCACCUCGUUUACAUUUUUGUAACAAAAACAGUUUUGAGUCUGACCUCCCCCUCCCCUCCCCUCCCCUCCCCUCCCCAGAAAAAUGCACCAAGAUUCCUUUGUGUCUAUUAAGUGCCAUUUUAUUUUGCUAAUUUGGGAAAAAAAGAAUUAUAUCACUCUCCAUAAGCAUCUGUUUUGAGAAAUUAUAGCUCGUAUUUUUUCAUUCUUUUUACAAUUUGAUGCAAUUUAUCUUUCAACACUGGAUGUUGCUAUUGCUUGAUAUAUGUGUAUGAGUUUAUAUAUAUGUAUAUAUAUUCAUAUAGUUAUAUAUGUGUAUAUACAUAUGUAUACAUCAAAUGAUUGAGCAAAUUUGUUUUCUAAAUACAUAAGAGAAAAAUGUCUAUAAUAUUUCGUUUUGAUUAUAUUACUGUUUGUCAUCCAAGCUACAAUAAAUGGGUCAAUCAUAUUAGUUAUUUGUAGUGAUUAUCUUCAUUAUUAUUCAAGAGAAGAAUGCGGCUAAAAAGCUUGUGCCUUUGACUCCCUAUUUGUAUGUUAUAAUAUUGUUCAAAUGCUAAAUUUGUGGGGAGCGUUGCUCUCCGAUAUGACUUUUAUCGGACGGUACUUCACCAAGGAACCAUUUGGAGUUUAGAAUGAAGUGCUGUCGGUUAUUUUUUGCCAAACACCGGACUUUUACAAGCCAUACCAAUACGGAUUGUUUUCAGCAAGUUUUUUUUUUUCUUUUCAAUUUUAUUUUUUAGUUCCGUGUGUGAUUUUCUUCUGGACAGAUUUGAAGAGAAUACUUAGGCUUUUUUGAAUUAUCGACUUUUUGUUGUUGAAGUAGUACGACUCUGUUCCUGUGUCUCUAACCCGACCCCAACCCUUUAAUAGAGAUGUAUUCCAUUAACCCUUAAGCUGCCAAGAUGUGUAUUCUCUACUCAUGUACUGACAAUGUUUGUAUAAUAGUCAAGCGGGCCAUGAAUCUAUAUUUUCUGGCCAAGGGUACAAUAGUCCCUGAAAUAAUAUAAUGCUCGAAACAAUCUGAUCAGUUAUUCACUCUUUAAAGUAAGAACAAAAAUGUUUUUUUGAUGUUUUGGUUAUGUUUUUGUCUUUGUUUCUUGUUAUUCUCUGUUCCCUUUUUUCUUCAAAACAAGGCCAAAAAGUAGCCAACAGUGCCUGGAAUGCAAAUUGCUGGGGUUACAACGGUCACAACAAAUUUCAUUUGCGAACAGCAAAUAAAACCGAGUUUGCAUAUUUGGCAUAUUUGUGUUCAAUGCCCCUUUUCUGUUUGUUUGGUUUUUGUAGGUAUUUCUAGCCUUUUCCCUCCAUGAUUUGAAAUCUAAACUGGCUUGCAAAGAAUUUUUACCAAAUCUCAAUGCCCCUAUUUAUUGGUAGGGCCUGUAUCUCAGUUAAGGUGCUUACAUAAAUGGAUAACCUAACCAUUCAUAUGCUUAAUAUGUUGGAUUUGAUUUUUGAAAAUGCUCAACUGGAAUUUAAAAGAUGUAUAGAAUACAUUACUAAAAAUAUGCAAUCCUAUGAACAGAGUUCUAAUCCACGGACAGUGUCCCCCAAGUUUCAUCCAAUUAAAAAUCUAAUGGGAAACAGUGAUUUCUUUAUUUCUUAAAUCUUAGAACUAAUCAUCUGUAAAUGGCUCCUUUUAUUUAGUUUUAAGAUCAUUUUGAAAGGCAGCAUGUAUCAUUGUAUUAAAUAUUUAAUUUGUUUGUGAAAAAAUUUGAGAGAAAGAUUAAAUUUGAUGGGAUUAAACCAAUAUGUAAUAUGUAAAUUUUGUAUAUGAAAUGAA